UGUCGGUCACACAGGCUGCUUCAUCGCCUGCCGUGUCAUCGGGAUUUUCUUUUCUUUUAUUUUAGACAACCCUGGGCGCUGUCUCCUCGACAUUAUAGUACGGUGACAUUCAACAUUGCCAGCAGAUAAUACUGAUUUCGAUAUUGUCAACAGAUGGGAAAGUUUUGUCCAACAGUUGAUAAAUCAUAAUCUGGAGGUAAGCUCAUUCAACCGAGACGGAAGUGUCUUGCAAUCUUAGUUCUACACACUUCACUUGCUCAGUCUCAAUCUCUUGAUAGACAGACCCCCAGAACCAGGCAAUGUUCAUGACUAAACUGAUUACUUAAUUCGUUGCAAGAAGGAGCAUCCUGGCUGUGCAUGCAUUCGACAUGCUGCACGCGUAGUCAGUGCUAGGAUAGCACGUGAGUCGACCGGAAUAAAACUGAGCUCUAAGCGCAUUGUCUGUGUCGAGCGGAUAAUUGUCAGGGACAACUUCCUCUCUGUCAUCAAACGUUCAGAACUUUGAGGACACACUCGGAUUGCUGCUGGACGAUGCAGAACUUUAGUGGACCUACGUCAACCUCAGCAGUAGAAAUGUCAACUGAAUCUACAAAUAAACCUCACUUCACAUACGAUGAAUGGUCAUCGACGGAAAUGACCUCUGAGACCUCCUACCCCUCGAUGACAUACGCAAAAUCUGACACUGGCCAGAACAUGUCUUCCACCUGCGGCUACAAAACUGCAUUUAUUUGGCCAGUACUCACCUACAUCGGCAUUUUAAUGGUCAUUUCCCUUGUUGGCAACUCUUUAGUGCUAAUGAUCUUCACCUGUAGAUGGCGCUCCUCAAAAGGCGCAACAAAGGUGUACAUCUGUUCUCUAGCUAUCAUCGACUUAGCCUCCACUGUCCUGGUGAUGCCUCGCGAACUGCUGGUCCUGACAUCGUAUUGCCCAAGUCAGCACGGCCUCAGCCUCGAUCUGGACGCCUACUGCGUCACCACUAUCGUGGGCACAUUCACCUGCCACGUGGCCUCUGGCUGCGUGCUGUUGCUAAUCGCGUUGCGGCGACUGAUGAAGUUUCGGGGCGACAACCGAGCCUCCGGCGACCCAUCGGCAGUCCCAGCCGACCUCUCGCUUCAGCGUCGUCACGCGGCUUAUCACCACGGGUCCAGGGGCAAAGGUCAUGUCGUUGGCCGUCUGCAUCUUGGCCUUCGUGUGCUCGUCGCCGACGCUGGGGCUGUACGGUAACAAUCCCGCCAGCCACUGCGUGUACAAGUCCAACAACAGCACGGACGCCUGCUGCCAAACCUGCCUGGCUUGCGGGCCCAAGGGGAGCAUGGCCGGGACGUCCUCCUUGCACGCGUUCAUCUUGUUCACAAUCGUCAUCUUCGUCGUCGUGGCGGGCGUCAACAUCCUCCUCUAUGCGCUGAUCGCCCUGAGGAUGAAGAGCAAGCGGCUGAAACAGCAGGAACUGAGGAAGCUCAGCCGCUCAUCCCACAGACGCUCUUUAUGUAGGGCCAUGUCCGAAGACCGCCCCUCCGAGAAGCUCGAUCGGGACCCGGACAGCACUGGUCCGGUCAGUCCAGGGACCGUGCCGACAGCUCGCCUGCUCUCCAUCACCAGCAGCAACGGAGACGACUCUGACGGGCAGCGGGCGUUCUUCCCUCCCUUGUCCUACACCAUGUCUUUUAUUUCCUCGGCCAGCCUCGGGUCCCUCGACGACCGUGACGAAGGAACUAGCGUCAACACCGGGCGUACCUCCGUCUUCUCCUCAAAGUCCGGCAAAUCCCCAAGGCAAGGGGCGAACACCAGCCUCGUUUUCAUGCUGAUCACCAUCAUUUACAUCCUGAGCUACCCGCCGUACAUAGUGCUUAACUACUUGAAGCUCAACGGCGAAUCGUGGUGUGGCCUCAGGACAGACUAUCCCAGUGCUUAUAUUGUCGCUGAAGUGUUUCGUCGGUCCUACAUGAUCUCCAGCGCUGCCAGUCCCUUGGUCUACGUCAUAUGUAACCAUACAUUCAGAAAAGUGCUUUGGAAAACAAUGCAUCUUAGGCGACAAGUUAUUUAAGACACACAUAGGUUUCGCUCGGUCAAGUCAGAUUCCUUUUAAAACGCAAUGUCUUAGAGUCUUAAUGUUGAAACUUUUUUUCCAUUUUAUUUCCCUUUUCUAUUUUUGUUUUAUCUAUUUCCUAUUCCUUUUCUUGACUUUUUAUUGGGUGGGUUGUCUUUCUUUUCUGUCUGUUCCGUUUCUUACUUUUUCCCCCUUGUAAGGGAGAUAACAUCAAUAAUUCUUUUGUGUAUAUUUAUGAAUUAUUUUCUACAUUACUGAAUGAUUGUUCUUGCCUUUGGUGCAAAGUUGCACAUUAGGACAAUAUUAUAAUUAAACAGAACUCGGUUUGUUUUGUUUGUUUGUUUGUUUGUUUGUUUGUUUGUUUGUUUGUUUGUUUGUUUGUUUGUUUGUUUGGUCAGAUCAUACAAGGAGAACAGCUGUAGAGUAGAUUUUAACACUAGGUGUACCUCUGGUUCUGUGGAGAAAUAUUUCACCACUUUUAUCGCACCAAAUUGUUAUAAUUGAAGUAACAGAGCUUAAAAAUGAAUAUAACGAAACCAG